AUGCACCCUGGCUUCCCUGCGGCUCCUGGGGUCUCCGAGCCAGGGCCCCGAGAGCUGUGCGCCUUUGUGAGCGGGGCUUCGGCCCACAUGCUUCGGGCCCUGCAGCCCAGGCGUACCAGGCCCCCCAAGCGCAGGCCCAACCACCGGAGGUUUCUACAUAACCAGAUCUGCAGGCAGUUUGCCAAGAUUGAAGCCGCCACCCAGCACCUGGCCCUCACCAUCCUGUCUCAAAAAGCCCCUCCCCAGAGACCAGCCCGAAGGCCGCCUCCACCACCCCCAUCCCCCUUCUUGGGAGUGGCCUGCGCUGAGGCCCCCAUGGAAGUGCCCCACGACGGCCCCAGCCUGAGCCUAGCUGCCCUGGACACCUCAACCCUCGACCUCUUUGAUGACAUUCUGCUCACUCCCGCGUGUCCCUGGGUGGCUCCUGACCGUUUCUGUCCGACGCCGGCUGCCGGUAUUUCCCGGGAGGCAUCUGGUUUCAUUUCUCAUGGCCCAGGCCCCGGAGACCAGACACAGCCAACCCCAACGCAGGCUCCAAGGUUCUCCAAGCCUCUGGCCCCUCCCCAGAAUGCCCACGGGGGAAGCACAGAGCCUGCGGCUCUAGGCUGGGGCUGGGUGGAUAGCUGGGAGGCACCUUGUGCCUGGGAUCCUCAGGGGAUCCGGGAGGGCUGGGGAACCCUUUGAAACCUGUUCGCGACCCAGUCCAAACCCACCUCAAACUCUCUCCCCUUGACAGACCUGAGGAUAUAUAUAGCUCAGUUGGUGGAGCGCUUGCCUGACAUGCAAGAGGCCCCGGGGUCCAUCCCCAGAACCUGUAACCCUGUAAAAUAAACCAAUCCCAGGCUACCUCGGUGUACCACAGCCCAGAGCUCUGCUCCCAGACCCAGGGACGCCACCUCUGUCCGCUUUGAGGACCCCUUGCACUCCCUGCCCAUGAAUUUUCCUUUUUCC